AUGAAUUUCAAGGGAAUUAAGAUAAAAGAUGCUGGAGAAGAGCACGACUCGCCCCAAACUCUCCGAGGCAGAUAUUGUGGAAGCGAGUUACCACCUAAAAUCACCAGUUUAUCAUCUAAUUUGUUCAUCAAAUUCAAGUCAGAUUCUCUUUUGGCAUCUUCAGGAUUUCGUCUGGAAUGGGUUGUCCAUGGUUGUGGAGGCAUUUUAACCAAACCCGAAGGCACAAUCCAAUCACCAAAUUACCCUCAUGAAUAUCCCCACAAUGUAGUUUGCGAAUGGUUGAUCAAAACUGAUUUUGGUCAAAGCAUACAUUUUCAAAUGGAGGAUGUCGAUAUGGAAGCGUCAUCAAAUUGUGCCUUUGAUGGAAUCACUGUCUACGAUGGUAAAACUGUAAAUUCCUCCCAACUUAUCUAUCCAUUCCCAAGGCAUACUCCUUCAAAAAACACUACUUCUGCAGCUACCAGGUCCAAUGGUAACUACUUGCUGGUGAGAUUUUUUGCUGAUAGUUCGUUCAGUGGGAAAGGUUUUAAGGCUUCGUACAAAACUGUACCAGGACUGAGUAAUAGUAAUAGUGAUGAUAUCAAACAAAGAGAAUUAACCCGUUUCACUCGCGAAUUGCAAAAUUAUAUGUAUUUUGCCCCCGCAGCGCGGUAUCUCAGUGGAAAGGGUUGUGGUGGCAGACUGGUUGGCCACGAUGGAUUUUUAUAUUCGCCAAACUACCCUAAAAAUUAUGCAACAAAUGAAGACUGCAAAUGGAUAAUUGAAGUGCAUCCUAGUCAUGUAGCAGCCAUCAAUUUCUUAGAUUUUGAUUUGGAAUCGUACAUGAACUGCACUUCUGAUUUUGUUAAGAUUUAUGAUGGCGAAGAAGAAAAUCCAGAUAAAUUACUGAUGAACCAUUGUGGUAAUACCAUGCCAAGUCCUACCGCUUACAAAGCAAGUGGUAACACUUUGCUGGUGCAUUUUAAGAGUGAUCAAAUAUAUACUGCUAAGGGAUUCAAGGCAAAUUUUUCAACGGCUUGCGGUGCAAGAAUAGUAACCAACAGUUCAGGCGUAUUAGAACCAUUGGCACAACUCUCUAAUAUAGGCAAUAAUUGCACGUGGAUAAUCCAGGCUUCUGAUCCUGCCCAGAAGGUUACAGUUAUCAUAACUAAUUUUAGAGUUAUGAAUUACUUUGAAACUGAUGAUGGAAAUUGCACGGAGAACUACUUCAAGGUGUUUGAAGGUGAUUCUAUUGAAGGUCCUUUGCUCGGACACUAUUGUGGAAAUAAAAUUCCACCAAGUAUCACCAGCCAGGGUAAUGCUUUGACUAUUGUUAAGGGAACCGAAGGAUAUUUUCCAAUUUAUAGGACGUUCUCGUUGACGUAUUCAGUUUUGGAUACAGCCUGUGGCGGAACUUUGUUGGCUGCAGAAGGCACUUUUACAUCACCAAAUUAUCCAGGAUCGUACCCGAAUAAUGCAGAAUGCGUUUGGAUUUUACCCACAAGUCCUGGCAACAAAAUCGACGUUGUUAUCGAAGUUAUGGAUAUUCAGAAAGAGGACGAUUUUUGUAAUAAUGACUUUUUGGAGAUCAGGAAAAAUGAUGGCGUUGGAGAACUUGUGGAAACCCUUUGUGGAGAACGUACAGAUGAAUACAGAGUUGUCUCCAGCGAACCCUUGUGGAUAAAAUUCAGAUCUGGCGAAGAUGGUACUUCUAAAGGCUUCAUGGCACAUUUCACUUAUGUCCAUGGUAACGAAAUCGUCGGAAACACAUCGGGACAAAUAGCAUCACCAAUGUAUCCAAAUGAAUUCAUCCUAACUGGUACCUACCAUUGGAGAAUAAUGGUCGAUUCUCAACAUGUGAUAUCCAUGUCAUUCCGAGACUUCUACAUAGACGGAUAUAGUGAUUCUGAGUGUCAUCUUUAUUUAAAGAUCUUUGAUGGUUACGACGACAACGCUCCUGAAUUGGUGAACGCCUGUGGUGCUCGUGCUCCUGACCCUGUCCAAAGUACCAGUAAUGUGGUUUAUUUAGAAUUGAAGAACGAUUGGUAUCGUUUAGGAUCAAGAUUUUUGAUCGAUUGGACGCAAACUAAAAGAGUUAUUCCUGAUGCCACUGAACUUGCAUCCAACAUUACUGGUUGUGGUUCCAAAGGUAAAGUCCUUGAAUUGACACCAGGAGUUAUACAAAAUCUAACAUCACCAGGAUUUCCCAAUGGUUAUGAUGCAAUGCUGAACUGCGAAUGGAUAUUUUCAGCACCAGAAAGCUUUCAUGUUGCCUUCGACUUUUUUGAUUUAGAUUGGAGCAGAGUGAUGACUGCACUUUGGACUAUGUCCAAAUAUCUACUGUUAAAAAAUGGACACAGCAGCACCUCGCCCCUCCUUGGAAACGGAAAGUAUUGUGGAAACAUCCCUGUUACCGAACCACUUGUGACCACCGGGAACAAUUUAUAUAUCAAAUUCUACAGCAUCGACACCUCCAAGCAAGCGUUGAGAAUCAGAUACAAAGAAGUCAACAACCUCUGUGGCGACAGGGUAACUCUAACCAACAGCAAAAACAUGCAGGAGAUCAGUUCGCCGAACUAUCCCAACAUUCCUCCUCCUCACAGCGAGUGCGAGUGGGUGAUCAUGGCACCGAAUGGCGAAAUCAUCAAGGCAGAAUUUAAGGAUAGAUUUGAUAUCACGAUGAGCACUUUUUGUGAUUCGGCCUUCGUCGAGAUACGAGAUGGAGCCACUGAAAAUUCUGCACUGCUAGGAAGUUGGUGCGGAAGCAAUAAACCAGGAACAAUAAGAAGUUCCGGGAAUAUGAUGUACGUCAAAUUUUUCACUAAAGUGGAUGAUCCUAAGAACGGGUUCAAACUUGCAUUGAGUUUAGAUACCUGUGGCGGUUCAUACAGAGGCAGCGAAGGCAAAAUAUCAUCACCCAAUUAUCCAGUUCCAGGGGCUUACCCACCUAAUUCUGAUUGCAGUUAUGAGAUAAUAGGACCUGAAGGACAUUAUUUGACGAUGAAGUUCACGGAUUUGAAUUUGCCUACUGGAAGGAAUUGCACUAAUGUCGAUCAUGUAAUUAUAUCGGAGAUUGUUGGAAAUGAUUUUAAUCGAACAGCAUAUUAUCUUGGAACUUACUGUGGUACCAACAAUUCCAUGGAAAUCUCUGCUUCGAGUAAUAGAGUUCAUGUGCGUUUUGUUACUAAAGAAAGGCAGAAUAUGUACAAAGGGUUUCAGUUGUACUACAAUUCCAGCACAAGUGUGUGCAAUAAUGUAUUGACUGGAUAUCGUGGUGUGAUUGAAAGUGCCAACUUUCCAUCGAAUUACCCACCAGAUCAGGAUUGCACUUGGCAUAUAAAUGCACCCAUUGGCAAUAAAAUAAAUGUCACAUUUUCGCAUUUUGAUUUGGAGGAUUCGCCAAGUUAUUCUAGGAAUAUAGAUUCGACGUGCAAUUAUGAUUAUUUGGAGAUAAAAGAUGCUGGAGAAGAGCACGACUCACCUCAAACCCUUCGAGGCAGAUAUUGUGGAAGCGAGUUACCACCUAAAAUCACCAGUUUAUCUUCUAAUCUGUUCAUUAAAUUCAAGUCAGAUUCUCUUUUGGCAUCUUCAGGAUUCCGUCUGGAAUGGGUUGUCCAUGGUUGUGGAGGCAUUUUAACCAAACCCGAAGGCACUAUUCAAUCACCAAAUUACCCACACGAAUAUCCACACAACGUUGUUUGCGAAUGGCUUAUCAAAACUGAUUUUGGACAAAGCAUACAUUUUCAAAUGGAGGAUGUCGAUAUGGAAGCAUCGUCCAAUUGUGCCUUUGAUGGAAUCACUGUCUACGAUGGUAAAACAGUAAAUUCCUCCCAACUUAUGUCAAUAUGCCAUUCCUUCAAAGGUAACACUACUUCUGCAGCUACCAGGUCCAAUGGUAACUACUUGCUGGUGAGAUUUUUUGCUGAUAGUUCGUUCAGUGGGAAAGGUUUUAAGGCUUCGUACAAAACUGUACCAGGACGUUGUGGUGGCAGACUGGUUGGCCACGAUGGAUUUUUAUAUUCGCCAAACUACCCUAAAAAUUAUGCAACAAAUGAAGACUGCAAAUGGAUAAUUGAAGUGCAUCCUAGUCAUGUAGCAGCCAUCAAUUUCUUAGAUUUUGAUUUGGAAUCGUACAUGAACUGUACUUCUGAUUUUGUUAAGAUUUAUGAUGGCGAAGAAGAAAAUCCAGAUAAAUUACUGAUGAACCAUUGUGGUAAUACCAUGCCAAGUCCUACCGCUUACAAAGCAAGUGGUAACACUUUGCUGGUGCAUUUUAAGAGUGAUCAAAUAUAUACUGCUAAGGGAUUCAAGGCAAAUUUUUCAACGGCUUGUGGUGCAAGAAUAGUAACCAACAGUUCAGGCGUAUUAGAACCAUUGGCACAACUCUCUAAUAUAGGCAAUAAUUGCACCUGGAUAAUCCAGGCUGCUGAUCCAGCCCAAAAAGUUACAGUCAUCAUAACUAAUUUUAGAGUUAUGAAUUACUUUGAAACUGAUGAUGGAAAUUGCACGGAGAACUACUUCAAGGUGUUUGAAGGUGAUUCUAUUGAAGGUCCUUUGCUCGGACACUAUUGUGGAAAUAAAAUUCCACCAAGUAUCACCAGCCAGGGUAAUGCUUUGACUAUUGUUAAGGGAACCGAAGGAUAUUUUCCAAUUUAUAGGACGUUCUCGUUGACGUAUUCAGUUUUGGAUACAGCCUGUGGCGGAACUUUGUUGGCUGCAGAAGGCACUUUUACAUCACCAAAUUAUCCAGGAUCGUACCCGAAUAAUGCAGAAUGCGUUUGGAUUUUACCCACAAGUCCUGGCAACAAAAUCGACGUUGUUAUCGAAGUUAUGGAUAUUCAGAAAGAGGACGAUUUUUGUAAUAAUGACUUUUUGGAGAUCAGGAAAAAUGAUGGCGUUGGAGAACUUGUGGAAACCCUUUGUGGAGAACGUACAGAUGAAUACAGAGUUGUCUCCAGCGAACCCUUGUGGAUAAAAUUCAGAUCUGGCGAAGAUGGUACUUCUAAAGGCUUCAUGGCACAUUUCACUUAUGUCCAUGGUAACGAAAUCGUCGGAAACACAUCGGGACAAAUAGCAUCACCAAUGUAUCCAAAUGAAUUCAUCCUAACUGGUACCUACCAUUGGAGAAUAAUGGUCGAUUCUCAACAUGUGAUAUCCAUGUCAUUCCGAGACUUCUACAUAGACGGAUAUAGUGAUUCUGAGUGUCAUCUUUAUUUAAAGAUCUUUGAUGGUUACGACGACAACGCUCCUGAAUUGGUGAACGCCUGUGGUGCUCGUGCUCCUGACCCUGUCCAAAGUACCAGUAAUGUGGUUUAUUUAGAAUUGAAGAACGAUUGGUAUCGUUUAGGAUCAAGAUUUUUGAUCGAUUGGACGCAAACUAAAAGAGUUAUUCCUGAUGCCACUGAACUUGCAUCCAACAUUACUGGUUGUGGUUCCAAAGGUAAAGUCCUUGAAUUGACACCAGGAGUUAUACAAAAUCUAACAUCACCAGGAUUUCCCAAUGGUUAUGAUGCAAUGCUGAACUGCGAAUGGAUAUUUUCAGCACCAGAAAGCUUUCAUGUUGCCUUCGACUUUUUUGAUUUAGAUUUGGAGCAGAGUGAUGACUGCACUUUGGACUAUGUCCAAAUAUCUACUGGUUUGGAUGGUGGUUUUAGUAAAUGGAAGUCUUUAGGUUCUUAUUGUCUGAGUAAUGCUACGACUUUGCCGACUAUUCAUGCAAAUCAGUUUAUGAAGGUUGCUUUUGUUAGCGAUUCGUACCUGAACAAGACUGGUUUUAGUGCAAGGAUUCACCCAGCUUGUGGCGGUACUCUAUCAUCCCCAUCAGGUGAAAUAGUGCUGACAAAUAAUACAGCGAAAGAAAAUACCAGAGUUCGAACAUCAGUCCUGGUUUGGGAGUGUCAAUGGAACGUUACAGUACGUCCAGGAAAAACUAUAUCCGUAGAAAUUCCUGAAAUCAACAUACCAGCCACACCAGGAUCGGAAACGUGCCUGAAUUAUGUUAUAUUAAAAAAUGGACACAGCAGCACCUCGCCCCUCCUUGGAAACGGAAAGUAUUGUGGAAACAUCCCUGUUACCGAACCACUUGUGACCACCGGGAACAAUUUAUAUAUCAAAUUCUACAGCAUCGACACCUCCAAGCAAGCGUUGAGAAUCAGAUACAAAGAAGUCAACAACCUCUGUGGCGACAGGGUAACUCUAACCAACAGCAAAAACAUGCAGGAGAUCAGUUCGCCGAACUAUCCCAACAUUCCUCCUCCUCACAGCGAGUGCGAGUGGGUGAUCAUGGCACCGAAUGGCGAAAUCAUCAAGGCAGAAUUUAAGGAUAGAUUUGAUAUCACGAUGAGCACUUUUUGUGAUUCGGCCUUCGUCGAGAUACGAGAUGGAGCCACUGAAAAUUCUGCACUGCUAGGAAGUUGGUGCGGAAGCAAUAAACCAGGAACAAUAAGAAGUUCCGGGAAUAUGAUGUACGUCAAAUUUUUCACUAAAGUGGAUGAUCCUAAGAACGGGUUCAAACUUGCAUUGAGUUUAGAUACAUGUGGCGGUUCGUACAGAGGCAGCGAAGGCAAAAUAUCAUCACCCAAUUAUCCAGUUCCAGGGGCUUACCCACCUAAUUCUGAUUGCAGUUACGAAAUAAUAGGACCUGAAGGACAUUUCUUGACGAUGAAGUUCACGGAUUUGAAUUUGCCUACUGGCAGAAAUUGCACCAAUGUCGAUCAUGUAAUUAUAUCGGAAGUAGUUGGAAAUGAUUUUAAUCGAACAGCAUAUUAUCUUGGAACUUACUGUGGCACAAACAAUUCCAUGGAAAUCUCUGCUUCGAGUAACAAAGUUCAUGUGCGUUUUGUUACUAAAGAAAGGCAGAAUAUGUACAAAGGGUUCCAGUUGUACUACAACUCCAGCACAAGUGUUUGUGGUGGCGAAAUAAACGAACCAUCAGGCAUAAUAACAAGUCCAGGUUACCCUGUUGGAAGAACUCACAGCAGAUUCUGCGAAUGGAUGAUCACUGUCCCCGAAGGACGAAGAAUCACCGUCGAAAUCCUAGACUUUGAUCUGCAAGGCAGAUCCUAUAUUUUUGAUGCCAAGUUAUCAUUUUACAACGAUCACAACUAUUUGUCCCGAAUAACUUUACUGCGAGGUGGUCAAAAUUAUUCUAACAUCAUCGAGUCUUCUAGUAAUAAAAUGAUGAUCAAUUUCUGGGGAAGAUACUCGUCGUCGAAUAGAGGGUUUAAGUUGAGAUUCUCGUCGGAUAAAGAGUCGUAUUGUCAGGGCAACAUGGAUGAUACCGAAGGUACAAUCACACCUCCUUCGGAUUUAGCAAGUUGGCAUUGUGAAUGGCUUUGGACCAGGGAAAGAAAUGCAUCAGAAACCCUUGCAUUAACAUUUACCGAUGCCCAACUUGGCAAUAAAGCUCAAAACUGCAGAUACUCACCAGCAUCCAUCAAUGUCCGAUCUAAUGGAAAGAAGAAAUCAGCAAUUGCGCAACUGUGUGGAAAUUUCUCUGGUCCUACAAUCGUGAGGUCAAGUUUGAGGACCACAGUCGUAUCUGUAGACAAGGUGAAUGAUUUAGUCAAAGUCAACUUUACAAUGAAAUACCGAGUUCAUAGUUGCGGUGGUAAAUUGGCUUUAGGUCAAAGAUUGACUCAUAAUGAUGUGCCAAGUCCUGGUAGUUUCGGAGGACAAGCUGAUUGUGCUUGGAGAGUCAGAGGAGACGAAGGACAAGCCCUUCAGAUCAAAAUCUCGAACCUCAACAUAGCCCUACCUUGUGACCAGUCGUACAUCCUGAUCUACAACGGCAAAUUUCCAAUGAGUCCGCUCCUGUAUAAAUUAUGCGGCUCGCAAGUACCAUCGGGUUCUACAAUCACCCAAGGAUCAGACGUCUGGAUUGAAUAUCAUGCCGAUAAAUACAAUGCUGAUACCAGAUUCGACAUAACCGUGGAAGCGACUACUCUAGGUUGUGGUGGUGUUUUACAUCCUGGUGGUACCCAGUUGUUGCAGUCACCAAACUUUGGGCCUGGUCAACAGUAUCCGAAUAAUGCAGAAUGCACUUGGGAGAUCAGAGGCGAUCAGGGGUAUCAUAUUGGUUUGGUUUUUGAGGAACGGUUUUAUUUGGAAACUUCUGUUAACUGCACUAAGGACUUUAUCCAGGUUUGGGAUUACAUAAACGACGACUGGAAGUCUAUAGCAAGCCUUUGUGGACGAAAUGUGCCCCAGGCUUUAAAUUCUACAGGAUCCAGGAUAAAAGUGAUGUUCAGAUCUGAUGGCCAGAACACUGGAGAUGGCUUUAAGGCACGUUGGGAACAAAACUGUGGAGGUGUCUUGGAAGCUGAUAAAUCAGUACAGAUUCUGACCAGUCCUGGUUAUCCUAGUUUUUAUGGCAGACAGAUGUUUGCAAUUACACAAUUAAGGCGAAGAACGAAUUUGUCAAUGUUAAAUUUGUUGAUUUUGAACUCGAAGACGCCCAAACUGGUUGCAACUUUGACAAUGUCACAGUAUACGAGACUAGCACUUUUGCAUGGGCUUAUGGUGAUGGUACAUCAUCUGAAGAAAGCAAGGCUAUUGGGUCUUAUUGUGGUAAGACACCUCCUCAAGACCUGA